AGCCACCGCCAUGCCACCCAAGUCUGUAUUCCGCCAGCCAGGCGCACAACAUUUCCAGGUCGUCCACCGCUCGCAGCGCGACCCGCUCAUCCACGAUCCCGAAGCAAGCAAACAUGUCCUCAAGCCCGUGCAGCGGUCAAACCUGAAGGGGAAGUCCCGGGCGGAUUUGGAGCAGCUGCUUUCGCCUUCAGAGCUCGCCCGUGACCAAGCCAGGCCGAACCUAGGAGAGGCCACGCUCUACGGUGUUUACUACGACGAUACCGAGUAUGACUACAUGCAACAUCUGAAGCCCGUCGGCUUGCAAGAGGAUGGCGUAGAGAGUCAAUGGCUUGAGGCUCCGAAACCGAAAGGAAAGGGGAAAGCGAAGGAUCCCAUCACCUUGCUCGACCUUCCCGAGACCAGUCUUGCAUCGAAGUCUGAGCUGCCUAGAAAUUAUGAGGCCCAAGAAAACAUUCCCUCCUCUCUCGCCGGGUUCCAGCCGGACAUGGACCCGCAUCUGCGGCAAGUCCUUGAGGCGCUCGAGGACGACGCGUUCGUGGACGAUGGCUUGGAAGACGACUUCUUCGGAGAGCUGGUCGCGGAUGGUGAACGCGCGGGCAAGGACGCUGUCGCAUUCGAGUUCAAGGAAGAGGGUCUCGGAGAGGGCGACUUGGGAGCUGACGGUCUUCAAGAAGAAGAUGAGGGCGAUGCAAACGACUCUUGGGAGACCCGGUUUGCCCGGUUCAAGCAAACGCAGAAGUCCGCACCUCAGGAAGAGGCCUCCGAUGCCGAUGAAUACUCCGAGGGUGGAGAUACCAUCGGUACCCUCCCACGGUUAGCAGUCUCCGGCGGGAAGCGGCGGAGAAAGGGUACAUCGGACGCCUCGGGCUACAGUAUGAGCAGCUCUUCAAUGUUCCGAAACGAGCACCUCAGCGUGCUCGAUGAGAGGUUCGACCAGAUUCAACGCGAAUACGACGACUCGGACGAAGAAGAGGAUGAGGAGCCUUCAUUCGAAGAUCCAGACGAGGCUCCGGACCUCAUCGCGUCCCGCGAAGACUUCGAGUCGAUGAUGGACGAGUUCCUCGAUGACUAUGAAGUAAUCGCUGGAAAGAUGCGUCCCGUCCUCCCUGGCUCAGCGAUUGACAAGCUGGAUGCCGUUCGCAAGGGUCUCGGAGCGGCAGUGAUCCGGGACAGUGCGGAGGACAGUGGACAGGAGGACGACGACAUUCUCAUGCCGCUUGACCUGGACGAGAAGAAAGAUCGGUGGGACUGCGAAACGAUCUUGACUACGUUUAGUAACCUUGAGAAUCACCCACGGGUUAUCAAGGCGCGCAACAGCAAGCCUGUACCGAAGAUCCGACUCGACCCCAAGACCGGACUGCCUUCCGUCGUGGAGGAUAAGCCGGCGCGCAAGCAACCACAGUCUGAUUCUUCUGGCACGGACGACGAAGACGAUUCUAGACCCGUGCGAGUGACCAUCACGCGCCCCAAGGAGGAGACGGCGGAGGAGAAGAAGGCACGCAAGCAGGCGGUCAAGGCGGAGCGCCAAGCACGCCGGUCGGAGAAAAAGACUGCACGAGAGACCUUCUCGAAAGAGACGAAGCGGCAGGUGCAGUCAUUGGCGGACAGGGAGAAGACGAAGGUGCGGAAGCUCUGAAUGUAGUAAUUGUAGUAUGCUGUGACGCCUGUUGUACGCUGCGAGUCUGGAAACAAGCUGUAUGAUUGCG